UCAUCUUAUCAAAAUUUAUAUAAAAGAGAAUUUUUUUUAUUAAAUGCAAUUCGCAAAAAUGAGAUUCACUUUGUUGGGUAUUGUUUUGUGUCUCUACGUCCAUCACAUUUCCGGUCACGGUAUGUUGAUGGAACCUCCAAAUCGCAGCUCUUUGUGGCGCUUCAAUCCCAACGCUCCUGUUAAUUAUGACGAUGACCAAAAUUAUUGUGGCGGCAUGAAUGUCCAAUGGGAUCAAUUUGGUGGCAAAUGCGGAGUCUGUGGUGACCAGUAUGACGACCCUCACCCACAAGCCAAUGAAAAUACGGGAAAAUAUGGUCAAGGAAUAAUCGCCAAAGAAUAUACAGCUGGAAGUGUUAUCGAUGUUCAGGUUGUGCUUACCACGAACCAUAUGGGCUAUUUCAACUUUAGUUUGUGUAUUUUGGAAGAUCCAAAUGAACCAGAAUCGGGAGAAGAAUGCUUUAAACCGGUGACUUUGGGUGAUGGAUCAGACAAAUAUGUUUUGACAAAUAAGGAAGAAGAGGACAAUGACACUAUUAAUACCACUGUUAAAUUGCCCGAUGGUCUGACUUGUGAUCGAUGUGUUUUGAGAUGGACCUACACUGCGGGAAAUAACUGGGGACAAUGCGAAGACGGUUCUUACGACGAAGGCUGUGGGCCACAGGAAACUUUCCGCUCUUGUACAGACAUUGCCAUCCACUAAAUAACUUUUGAUAUUGACUGUAAAUAAUAUAAAUUAAACAAAACAUUUCAAAA